AUGCUUUUUAUUAGAACAAGAAUUAUCUUUGAUAAUAUUAAAAAUCAAGUACAUUAAAUUUAAUAAUUGAUAAAUUACUCUUUUAUCAGACAUGCAAUUCUUCACCAAUCCUUUCCAAGGACUAGUUGUCGUUCAAAAAGAUACAUGCUCUCCGGUAACUGUUAUUGAUGACAUCGGUUAUCAAUAUCUUAAAGAUAAAAACUGCGUUUCUUUGUACCACGGAUCUAAACAACGCGACUACUAUCAGCUUCCCGGUGAAUUGAUUAAAGCUUCUGAAGUAGAAAAUGUUGAGGUCAAAUUCUUGAGCGCUAAAAAAUUGAGAGAAAGAAACAGAGACGCUGCAGAAGGAGAUGAUAUUCUCGCCUUUGAUGACCGCGAAUCAAGCAGUUUAAAUGAGACAAUGGAUCAUUCUCAACAAAAUGAAGUAAGUUCUGCUUAUAAUCUUGCGGAAUCAGUUGCAUCAUCAGAAACAUUCGAUUCUCAAUCUUCUUCACCUUCAGAAGUUCCUAGUUCUUUUAUGGAUGUAGAAACUCCGGCUAAAAAUAUAUUUAAAGUUCCAUCUAAUAAAGUUCAUUCGAGUGCUAAAGACUAUAACAAUUAUAAGGUCAAUAGAAGUGAUGCGUCUUCUGAAGAGUUUGAUAAUAGAACAAUAUAUUCAGAUUCAGAUUUGUCUUAUAGUACAACAUCUCCAUCAGUUGUUAAUUCCAAAAAUAAGAAGAAAUAUUUAUAAUUAUUUAAUGGAAACAUUAGUGAGAUAUAUUUGAAUAUAAAUUUAUAAAAUUGAAUAAUUGAAAAAUUUUUUUUU